AUGAGAGGCGUAAGAGCUUACAUAGCAGCGAGAGUGGGAUGCUUCUAUCAAGGGGAGAUGGACUCGUCGCCUGAACCCACAGGUGGCCGUCUGGGAUACGGGUGUUUCCGGGCCUAUCUUCAUAAAUACAAACAUGAAGAUUCCCGGGAGUGCUCAGUUUGCACAGGAGUGGACGAAGACGCAGAGCAUGUAUUCUUUAUAUGCCCCCGCUUCAAUGAGAUCCGAAGUACGUGGGAGUCUUACCUAGGAAGAGACGUCAAGCCUCAGAGCUUGGUGGAAGCAAUGCUGUCAUCAAAGACAGCCUGGGACGCAACGAGUAACUUUGUGGCCGAAGUCAUGAAGGAGCUCAGAAAUGAGAAACGCAAGUACAAGGCUGCCGUAUAG